UAAUUUGAUAGAGUACUUGAGAUAAGUCCAUAUAAUAUAAAUGUUAUGUUUGAAAAAGGCAUAUUAUUAUAUUAAUAUGUAAAUAGGAGAGUGUUUAAUGAAAUAGAAUUAAGAAUAUGAAGCAUAUCUCAAAUAUAAAGAAAUAAUUGUCUUCGAUUCAAAACAUUAGAAAGCUUUAUGCAGAAUAGGUUAAUUUCAACUUAAUGUUAAGGUAAUUACUUAUUUAAGUGCAAUAAAUAUAAUGAAGCAUAAGAGUAUUUUUCUAAAUGUCUAUGCAUCGACUAAAAUAAUUAUGAAGCUCUGUUAGGCUAUGGUAAAGUUGAUUAAUAUUUAAAGCUGACACUUUAAGAUUAUAGAAUUAAUUAAUAUUGGCAAAUUAUAAUUAUGAAAAAGCGAUUAAUAUCAAUAAUUAGGAUUAUCAAGUGUUUUAUGGAAGAGGUAUACAGAAAAAUCUUAUGUUAAAAAGGGGAAUGCUUAAAGAGUUUGAAUGAUUUCGAGAAUUCCUCAAAAAUGUUUAAAAAAGCAUUAAUGCUAAACUAAAACCAUUUUGAGUCAUUAUUCAGUUUAGGUGAUAAUAAUGUGUUAUUUUAGCGGAUUACUUAAGAUAAGUAGAUAAGUAUAUUGAAGCUAUAGGAUAUUUCGAUCAGGCUUUGCAACUUAAACCUCAGAAUCCAGAAUUAUGGGAAGGAAAAGGUGAUUAAAAUAUGUAUAAAAUUAGCCUUUUGCUUAAUGGAGUUAAACGAUAAUGAAGAAGCAGUAAAUUGCUAUGAAAAAGCACUGAAAUACGAUCCUACUUCUUACGAGGCUUUGAAAGGAAUGGGUUUAUGAAAUCAAUUAAUUUAAUAGGUUUCAGCUUACGAAAGUUAUAUAAAUGUGACGAAUCAAUAGUUUUUUUUGAAAAAGCCCUCGAAAUUAAACCAAAUAAUGUAUAUUCAUUAAAAGGAAAAGGUCUUUAACCUCUAUAUUAAUAGCUGAGUGCUUAAGAUUAUUGGGAAAAUGGGAAGAGGCCUUAAAGUAUUAUUAAUUGGUUUUAUCUGUUCAUCCUGGCCAACACAGGGCUAUGUUUUUCAAAUGUAUAAUUAAAUUUAGAGGUCAUUUUAGCCUAAAUGGAAUCAACAGUGACAACCUUAAGAUAGCAUGAAUAAGUGAUUUUCAUUAAUCCUUAAAAUAUAAAUUCAAUUUUUGGAAAAGGUUGCUCUUUCUAUUAUUAUUAUUUAGCCGAGUGUCUAAGGAUGCUCAAUGAUUUUGAUGGAGCAAUGUAAUUUUAUGUAAAAGUCUUAUAAAUUGAUCCUAAUCAUAUUAAUUCCUUGAUAGGAUAUGGUAAACAUAAUUGAAAUUUUAGGCUUUUGCUUAGGAUACCAAAAUAAAUUUAAAUAGGCUUUAGAAUAAUAUGAUAAAGCCUUAACUGUGAAUUAAUACUCAACAGAUGCAAUGUGGGGGAAAGGUUAAAUUUCUAAAUAUCUUAGGGGAAUGUUUAAGAAUGUUGAUGGAUUUUAAUAAUGCUUUAGUUUAUUAUGAAAAAGUCUUAAUAUUUGAUCCUAGCCAUUACGUUACAUUAAGUGGAAAAGGUAAGAUAAUGUGUAAAAUUUAGGUGAUUGCUUAAGGAUGCUUGGUCUGUAUCAAUAAGCUAUAGAUGUAUAUAACUAGGCACUCUUCAUAUAAAGUAACUAACCAAGUUUACUAUAUGGAAAAGGUAUAAAUAAUUAUUAAUUCAGCUGUUUGCUUAAUAUCUCAAAAUCAUUUUGAUGCUGCCUCUGAACUGUUAAGAUAGGCAAAAAAAGUUGCACCUCCAAAUUUUUAUGUAGAUAAAGCUAUUUGUAUUAUUAACUUUAAAUCAUUUAGAAUUUUGUGAAUUUAAAAAACAAAUCUUAGAAAUAUGUUUAGAAGUCAUCAUAAAUGAGGAUUCAACAAAGAUUGGUUGA